AGCAUCGUGAGAAAUGUAUCGAUGUGUGGUGGAUUGUGAGCGAUAUUUACGCUCCAAAGUCACAGGUUCAUUCACACAUCUCAUCGUUUAUACAAGUCUAGCCUACAUUUCCCAUCAGCCCUGUGGGGCGCCUCAGUUUUCCUUUAUCAGUAGUGUUGUGCUGGUUUGCCGCUGGAUCAGCUGGAUGAACGCGCGACUGCGCAGCAGCGACAGUCCAAUGGGGGAAACCCGGUGAUAUAUUUUUUUUACUGCCAUUUAUUUCUUUGAUAACGUUGGACUUUGCGCUUGAUUAUUCUUACAAGUUUCUAGUAUCUUAUUUUCGUCUUUUUUAAUUCUUACGUUCUUCCGCGAGUCUAAGUUGGAUAAAAUAUUUUGGGACAUCUUUUGGGUUCCCCCCCCCCCCGAUUAAAACCCCGUGUUUCAUCACCUGGACAGACUGAGGGGACUGAGGCUGUGUGAGCUCACACUGUGGGGUUUGUAGACGGACUGACGAGUCUCGGGCGCCAACGCCUUUUCCCCCCUUCUCUCUGUGCUUCUCCUCGGCUGGCAAACUUCAGCUCACACCGCCCCGAGGACUGUUAGACGGCGCUUCCCUUCGGCUCAUGAGCGCCUGAAAACUACAAUCCGAAACUAACCCAAGUUGUCUGAGAGUGAAAAUGGGCUGCACGAUCAGCGCCGAGGACAAGGCUGCAGUGGAGAGGAGUAAAAUGAUUGAUAAAAACCUGCGGGAAGACAGAGAGAAAUCAUCCAGAGAAGUGAAACUCCUUCUGCUCGGUGCUGGGGAAUCUGGGAAAAGCACAAUAGUAAAGCAGAUGAAAAUCAUUCAUGAAGACGGCUACUCAGCAGAGGAGUGCAAGCAGUAUAAAGUGGUGGUGUACAGCAACACCAUUCAGUCCAUCAUGGCCAUCAUCAGGGCAAUGGGCCGGUUAAAGAUAGAUUUUGGGGAGCCUGCACGGGCGGACGAUGCCCGCCAGCUUUUUGCCCUGGCGAGCUCAGCAGAGGAAGGAGUGAUGUCACCAGAGCUGACUGCCGUGAUUCAGAGGCUGUGGAACGAUGAAGGAGUUCAGACAUGUUUCGAUCGAUCACGGGAGUAUCAGCUCAACGACUCCGCUGCAUACUACCUGAAUGACUUGGACAGGAUCUGUCAGCCGAACUACAUCCCGACUCAGCAGGAUGUGCUGCGUACACGUGUGAAGACCACUGGCAUCGUGGAAACUCACUUCACCUUCAAAGAUCUUUAUUUCAAGAUGUUUGAUGUUGGGGGUCAGCGCUCAGAGAGGAAGAAGUGGAUCCAUUGUUUUGAAGGAGUCACUAGUAUCAUUUUCUGUGUUGCGCUCAGUGACUACGACCUCGUUCUAGCUGAGGAUGAGGAGAUGAACCGGAUGCAUGAGAGCAUGAAGCUGUUCGACUCCAUCUGCAACAACAAGUGGUUCACGCUCACCUCCAUCAUCCUCUUCCUCAAUAAGAAGGACUUGUUUGAAGAGAAGAUCAGCAAGAGUCCCCUCACUAUCUGCUACCCCGAAUACACUGGUGGGCACUCAUACGAGGAGACUGCAGCUUAUAUCCAGUGCCAGUUUGAAGACUUAAAUAAACGGAAGGACACCAAGGAAAUCUACACCCACUUCACUUGUGCCACAGACACCAAGAAUGUGCAGUUUGUGUUUGAUGCUGUCACUGACGUCAUCAUCAAGAUCAACCUGAGGGAGAUUGGGCUCUACUAAAGCUUCAGACGCAGCAGGUCAGCACGCUGACUUUCUCCUGCAUUGGUGUUCAGAAAGAAUCAGGACUUGUGGGCUGGUAUGUCUUGUCUGCAGAGGGCAACUUGAAAAGUAGGUGUUACUAAGGACUGAGUUGGUGGCCACGCUGUACGCAGGACCUCAAUUCCACAAUACGGGGACUUGGUAUCUGAUCACUUUUGUCUUAAAAGAUUUUAUGAUGCAGAGCAUACUGGUAGGAGGCAUGUGAAAUGAUCACUGUGAGUUAGGUGGAGUCCUGUCGUAUUUAAGACAUUUACAUCACUCAUGGGCUGGCAGGUGAUGCCCCUCUGAUGUCUCUGACACAUUUCAUAGUUUCAAUAGUCUGUUAUAUGUACAAGGACCAAAACAGACUACCUGUUCUUCACAUCCAUUAGUGCAUUUCAUAGUUUCACAAGUGAUGUGUAAAUCCUGCUCACUUUUUUGUGCAUCUUCUCUUAGCUUUAGUUUGUAUCACAUUGCUUUUAUUGAACAUUUGCAUUUGUUGUAUUUUAUUUUAAUUUUGGGUUGAAAUUAUAUAGUAUUUCCACUUUUGGAUGCGUGAUUGUCAUAACUUAUGUAUGGAAAAGCAUUUUGUGUGAGCAUUUUCGAUGUAUCUAACAUAACCCUUUGCAUCUGAGAUUAGUGAACAAGAGUCUAAUAGGUUCAACACGCUUGUCUACAUAGUUAAUCUAAUUAUUCACUAGACAACAUUGUACUGAACAAUAUUUUUAUACAUGAGACACAUCACUGCAAAUCAGUUUGUGAAGGAAAAUCUUAAUUUCCUUUUGUUUUUUCAUUCAGUUUGACUAUGACAAAUAUUAUUCACUCAGUGGUGGUCAAUGGAGAAUAUCUUCUUUUUCAAGGUAAAUUUUUAAUCCUAUGGAUAUCAGUGAAGAUAUAUGAACACAUUAAACAUAAAAAGUGGGUUAGUUUGAUAUAGUCAGAUGUUGUAUUUAUGUUUUUUGGCUGUAGUCAUUACGGCAUACUGAGGAAAUCUAUUGCUAUCAUAUUCUGUAUUUUCUGUUGGAAAUUUUUCAUGUCCAGCUCAUUACAUUUCUUAAAUUUUGAUGUCAUUAAAUGACGGCAGUUGUU